UCGGAAGUUCAAAAAAUCUCAUCGGUAUUAAUUUUGCAUAAUCAUUAAUUAUAAAAGGUUUGAGUACACUGAUUGAAGAAAUUGAACAUCAUCUCAUUUUCCGAAAGUGAAUUUAUAACAGAUCUUACUUGUUCAGAAAAUAUUGUGAAGAAAAAGAAAAUAUUUUCAAUAACCUUACAGUGGUUUAGUGGUUAUCAAAUAUAACCUGUAAAGGACUCAUUUAGUCAGAUGAAAAGUUGGCAACAACAUUUAUUAUUAUUCCCAAGUUUUAAAGAAGAAAAACCAUAUUUCACGAAAAAUGUUCUCCAAUAAUGAAGAAAAAAAGCUUGAUUGGAUGUAUAAGGGACCUACUGCAUUAGUUGACAGAGAAGCCUACUUACUAGGGCGUACUGUGGAUAAAACUCUUGAGUCAAUCAAUCGAGAAGAAGCAGCAAAGGAGGUUGAUAAAUAUAUGGCACCUCCUAAAAAUCAUGUAGAACACGAGUGCAUUCCACCAUCUAUUAGAGAUUAUAACAAAAUAGUGAAAAGCGAACAGGUUGAUUUACAAGCAAAACUACAAGAAGAUCCGUUAGUUCUCAUAAAACGACAAGAAGAAGAAACAAGAAGACAAUUUCUUCAAAACCCUGUACAAUUGAAGAAAUUACAAGAAGCUAUGGAAGCCCAGUUGCAGAAGAAAAAUAUGUUACUUUCUAAAAAGAAUAAAACUGAUAAGAAAUUGAGGAAAAAGUUGAAACUUCUAAAUCAACAGUUGGGAAAAAAACAUGGUUACAAAGAAUUGGAAUUAAGUAGUGAUAUGAAAGAUGAUGAAGCAAUUUUAGACACUAUAUUGAUGCAUAAAUUCAAUCAACUAAAAAAUGAAUUAUCAGAAGAUGAUUUGAAAAACAUUUUAUUAGGUAAUUCUAGUGAAUAUGAAGAUUCGGAUGCAGAAAACCAUGGAAAAUUGAAGAAAAGCAAAAAUUUAAAGUCUGUGUCAUCUUCUGAUGAAGAUAAUCACAAAAAAAGAAAGCGUGAAAAAUAUGAGGACAAAUCAGAUUCUGAUUCGGGUAAGAAACACAAUAAAAGAAAAAGUGACCAAUUCAAUGCCAUGACUGAUUCUUGCACCAAUGGUAAAUACAGAAAGAAAAAGGAUAAAAAACAUGAGGAUGAGUCAGAUUCGGCCUCCGAUCAUAGACACAAAAAUUGGAAAAACUACAAAUCCAAGUCUAUGACUGAUUUUCACACUAAUGAGAAUUACAGAAGGAAAAAGUACAAGGAUGGGUCAGAAUCUGACUCCGAUGAUAAACAUAAAAAGAGGAAGAGUUACAAAUCCAAGUCUAUGACUGAUUCGUACUCCAAUGGAAGAUACAAAAAGAAAAAUGAUGAAAAAUACGAAGAGGAGUCAGAUUCUAACUCUGAUGAUAAUAAACACAAAAAAAAGAAGAGUGAAAAAUUCAAGCCUAUCAAAGAUUCUGACUCUGACGAUGUACAUGAAAAGAAAAAAAGUGACAAAUCCAAGCCUAUGAAAGAUUUCCACUCCAGCGAGAGAUACAAAGGGAAAAAGAAUGAAAAAUAUGAGGAUGAUUCAGAUUCUGAUUGUAAUGAUAGACAUAAAAAGAGUAAGAGUGACAAAUCCAAGCAUAUGAAAAAUUCUUACUCCAAUGGGAGACACAGAAAGAAAUAUUAUGAAAAAUAUGAGGAUGACUCAGAUUCUUACUCCGAUGAUAAACACAAAAAGAGAAAGAGUGACAAAUCCAAGCAUAUGAAAGAUGCUUACUCCUGUGAGAUAAACAGAAGGAAAAAAAACGAAAAAUAUGAGGUUGAUUCAGAUUCUGACAAUGAUAGAUAUAAAAAAAGAAAAAAUGUUAAAUCCAAGCCUAUGAAAGAUUCUUACUCCAGUAAGAAUUACAGAAAAAGAAAAAAUGAAACAUCUGAGGAUGAAUCAAGCUCGGACUGUGAUGAUAGGCAUAAAAAGAGAAAAAGUAACAAAUCCAAGCCUAUGAAAGAAUCUGACUUUGAUGAUAGACAUAAAAAGAGGAAAAAUGAUAAAUCCAAGCCUAUGAAAGAUUCUUACUCCAGCGAGAGUUACAAAAGAAAAAAAUAUGAGGAUGAGUCAGAUUCUAACUGCGAUGAUAGAAACAAAAAAAAGGCUGACAAAUCCAAUGCUUCGACUGUUUCGCACUCAAAUGAUAGAAAGAUAAAGAGUAAAAAAUACAAAGAUGAAACAAAUUCUGAUUCUGAUGAUUGCAAAAGAAGUAAAAGUGAUAAAUAUAAUUCUACUUCAGAUUCUGACUCAGAUGAUAGACACAAGAAGGGAAAUAGAGAAAAUGUUGAAAAAGUAUCAAAUGAUGAUGAUUGUACAAAAAAGAAGAACAACUCAUCAACAAAAUAUAAAACUCAUACUCCUGAACAAAAUAAGAGUAAAAAUGAAUUAUCAUAUUCAAAAGAUAGUUAUCGAUCUGAUAGUUUAAAUACAAAAAAUCAAGAUAAGGGAGAAAAAAAGAAAUUAACUGAAGAGGAGAAAGAAGCUCUACGUAAAAGUAUGAUGGAAUAUGCUGCAGUCAGAAAUGCAGAAAAUGUUAAAAGCUUCAAGAGGUAUAAGGAAGAACAUAAUAAACCUGAAAUUAUAGAUGAACAUGAUGAUAACUUCAUACAGAAGCAACUACUAAAAUCUGCAAAUAGCUCCAGUGUUGCAGACAGAAUUAAAGCCAACAUUAAUAACAUCCAAAGGUCCAAAUUUUCAAUGGAGUCAAAUUUUUUGAAAUGAGAAUAUUUAGGAGCAGCCAAUGAAUGACAAUGAAUUUUUACCAGAUAGCGAGGAAGUCGUCAAGGAAUGACAGGAAAUGGGAAUGUUGAAUGGCAAAAUAAAAAAUACAGAAAUAAUUUUAUGGAGAACGCUCAGUGAAAUUUUAGAUAGGAAUUAUUUUUUUAUAAUUUAUUUGUAUUUCGAUGUUGCCUUAUUUUAUGUACUUACAUUGAAUUCCUAUUUCAAAAAAUAUAUUUGAAAAGUU